AUGGUUUCUUCCCAAGCCACAACACGUAGAAGGAAGAUUGAGAUCAAGAGAGUUGAACAAAGCAACAAGCGCCACGUUACCUUCUCCAAGAGAAAGUUAGGGCUUUUCAACAAGGUCACGGAGCUCUCCAUCCUCUGCCAGGCGGAAACCGCCUUAAUCAUCUCGUCGCAAAACGGAAAGCUUUACGCGUGUGGUUAUCCCUCGCCGGAUGCCGUGAUCUGGCGUUUCCUCUAUGGAGGAGAUUCCUCGCCUCCGCAAAGGAACGACGUGCGAUUCUUGAAGAAGAAGCAAAAGGAGAAUGUGGAAGCUCAAAGGGCGCAGUACGAGUCUGCUCAAGAAGCCCUCAAAGAAGAGAAGAAGCGACUCGACGAGACCAAGAAGGAAAGAAACAGCGACAACAAUGGCGGUUGCUUAGGGUUUUCGCAGUGGUGGGAGAAUCCAAUUGAUGAUAUGGAUUUGGAGGAGCUCGUCAAGUUCAAAAAAUCGUUGGAACAGUUGAAGACGAACCUGAUUGCAGCCACUGACAAUAAGAUCAACAUGUUCCAACAAAUGAUGAUGCCGUCACCAGUUGCUGCUCCUUCUUCUUUAAUCAUGGCUCCAAUGCAAACUAGGUUUUCCAAUUUUAAUUCAGUCUUGAAUAAUAAUCACGGUGGAUUCAGCGCUGUUUAUCAACCACAACAGCAAGCAUAUUGGAAUUGGACCCGUAAUAACGUCAUCAAUAAUAAUGGAAUAAUUGCUAGUAGUAGUAGUAACAAUCUUAAUCCUUUAUUAGGAAGAUGGGAUUCUGGGAACAAUGCUAUUAUGGUUGAUGUUAAUGGUAACGGGAGUAGUGGUUGUUCCUUUUUUUCUUAA